AUGGAAAACGAUUUGGCAUUGUCAGCAAUUCAAAUCUGCAAGCAACAUUAUCGUAGCUGUGCGCAAAUUAACUUUGACUUCGAUCUCCGACAAGACUCGCAUGCAACAGGAGUCGCUCUCCGCUUGCGCCGAAAUGGUUGCUCCGUCACGCUUGCUUCGCAGGGUGAUAAUUGCUUAUCGCGAGGCAAUAAUCGCGGGAGACUAAGGUUUGUCGUCCUGCCCAAGUUCAACGCCAUUGCCAAAUGCAAAAGAGCCGGGAGUAGUUCAAUCAGUAGGUCAAACAAGUAUGUAUCAAUAUCGUACGGAGGGUAA